AUGAAUACUAUAUUCACCCAACAUGAUGUUUUCUUAUGGACUUAUCAACACCCAGAAGAUUCUGAAUUAGAUAAACAAGUUUUUCAUUCUUCUGUUUUAAGUAAUGAAAAAGAUCAUACUUAUCAAAUGUCAACAAGAAGAAUUAAAUCAAUAAUUAUUCCAGAAUAUAUUAAUGUUCUUGAUGAAAAUUGUUUUAAUGAUGAAAUAAAAUUAGUUUCAAUUAUUUUACCUGAUGGACUACUUAGUAUUAAAUCUAAUUGUUUUAGACAUUGUAACAAAUUAGCAUUUAUUGAAUUACCCUCAAGACUAGAGGUAAUUGGAAAUAAAGCGUUUGAGUAUUGUGAUUUAAUUAAUACUAUUUCAAUUCCAGAUUCAAUUCAUAUAAUAGGAAUUGAUGCAUUUAAUAAUUGUCAAUCACUUAUAUCUUUCUCGUACUCUAAAAUAAUUGGUAUUAUUCAUUCUAAUAUUUAUUAUUUAAAUGCUUUUAAUGAAUUGUUAUAUUUUAAAAAACCAUCUCAACUUGAAAUGAUUAAUGGACAACCUAUUAAUCUCUUUUGUAUUAAUUCUUUUGAUACUCUUCUUAAAAAUGAAUCAAUUCAUUCAAUUGGAUCUUCUUGUUUUAAAGAAAAUCAACUAAUUUCAGAAAUUACUCUUUCGGAAUCAAUCACCUCAAUUAAGACAGAGGCUUUUGCUUAUUGUAUAAAUUUAACUUCAAUAAAUUUACCUUCAACACUUAAAAAAAUUGAAGAUGAUGCAUUUAAGAAAGUUAAUUUAAAAACAAUUAAACUUCCAGAUUCAAUAACAACUCUAGGGUCUUCUGUUUUUGAGGGAUGUACAUCAUUAUCAUCAAUUUACAUUUCAUCAAAUUUAUUAAAUCUUGGAGAUCGUUCAUUUGCUUUUUGUAAAAGUCUUUCAUCAAUCACAUUACCUUCUUCUCUUACUUUGAUUGGAAAUAAUAUAUUUAUGAAUUCUAGAUCAAUUCAAUCAAUGGAUAUUCCAAAUAAUUUGACUAUACAAAAUGACAACUGUUUCUUUGUUAAUUCUGAUAUUCUUUUAAAAGUAAAAUUACCUCCAUUGUUGUUAAAAUUAAAUUCAACAACAUUAUCUUCAUAUAACAAUAAUAAUACAAUAAUAUCUAUUCCAUCAAAUUGUUCUGUUCUUUCAAAUUAUUGUUUUGAAUCUUCAUUAAUUCAAUCUAUUGAACUUUCUACAUUAAUUACUUCCCUUGGUAAUAAUUGUUUUUGUAAAUCUAACUUAACAAAAGUUAUUCUUCCAUCUUCCUUAUCAUCCCUUCCUAUUAGUUUGUUUGAAAAUUGUUUCUAUUUAAAAUCAGUUCAAUUACCAUCAUCAUUACAAAUUAUUCCAAAGUAUUGUUUUAGUCAUUGCAAUGCCUUAUUUUCUAUUACACUUCCUAUAUCCAUUACUAUGAUAGAUGAAGGAGCAUUUUCUAAUUGUAGUCAUCUAACUUCUGUUGAAUUAUCUCCAAAUAUUAGAAUAAUUGGUUAUAGUUGUUUUGAAGAUUGUAGUUUUCUUCCAACAUUACAGUUAGAGUCAUUACCACUUAUCACUAUUGGUGAUGAAUGUUUCUGUGGUUGUAAUGCACUAAAAACAAUUAAUCUUCCUUCAUCAUUACAAUCUCUUGGUUUAAAUUGUUUUGCUAAUUGUGAACAAUUAACUUAUAUCCAUUUACCAAUGUCAUUAACUAGUCUAUCUCCAUAUUGUUUCUUAAACUGUUCUUCUCUUAAAUCAAUUGAAUUACCUACAUCCCUUAUUUCUCUUCAAACACAUUGCUUUGAUCAAUGCUCCUCUUUAUCUACAAUAAAACUUCCUGACUCUCUUUUAAUCAUUGAUUCAUAUGCUUUUUCUCUAUGUUAUUCUCUUAUUUCAAUUGACAUAUCUUCUAAUCUUCAAGUCAUUAACUCAAAUGCUUUUGAUCGUUGCGAAAAACUUAAGUCUAUCGAAUUACCAAUUUCAUUAAAAUGCAUUAAUUCAAACGCUUUUAGACAAUGUACUUCUCUAAAUAAUAUCACCAUUCCUUCUAACAUUCUUUUCAUAGACCAAAACACAUUCAGUAGGUGUACUAACAUUACUUCAUUUUGUCUUCCAAAAUCUUUGAGCUCAUGGGCUUUUCAUAUAGAAUCUAAGAAAUUUAAAAUUAAUUUAAUUUAG